AUGCUGAAAUCCAUCAUCUCCACGUCCCUGUUCAUCCUGGCCACAGCUGUGAGUGGCUUGUCCACGCCCACGCCGCCGGGCCUCGAGUUCCUGUACUCGUUGAAUUGCACUCUCGGUGAGCGGUUCAGCACAGGGGUCGGUCCGUAUGGGGAUGUUCGCGUGAUCCCCAUCACCGGCGGAACCUUCGAAGGGCCCAAGAUCAAGGGGGAGGUGCUCAACCUUGGCGCGGACUGGAACUACCUGGACAACCAGGGCGUCUCGCAUCCUGACACGAGGUACUCUCUGAGGACUGACGACGGCGAGAACAUCUACAUCAAGACGGCUGGCUCCCACCAGGGCGACGGUCUCACGCAUCUCCGCGGCAUCUAUGAGACGGGCUCGGAGAAGUACUUCUGGCUCAACUAUGUCACGGCUGUCGGAAUUCUGCGAAGUGGUGGAGGUGACUGGGUUUGGAUCGACAUGUGGUAUAUCACCUCGCCUCCGAACGGAACUGUUGGGAGUGCAUAG